AUGUCAUUCGCGCAGUUAGCGAAAGCCGCGCACGAACUUGCCCAUGCUCUUGGAUUGUUGCAUGUUCACUCGAGAUACGAUCGUGACAAGUACGUGGUAAUCAACGUAAAAAACAUUCCUGCUAACUUACUGAAGAACGAUUUUGCGCUAGAGACCAAAGCAGCCACCGAUAAUUAUGAUGUACCUUACGAUUACGGCAGUAGAAUGCAUUAUCCGGCAUCUGCUUUUGCCCUGGACAAAUCGAUGCCUACAAUCAUCCCAGUCGACAAGAAUUAUGUCGAAACUAUGGGUUCACCCUUUGUGUCGUUUUAUGAUAUACUUUUGAUGAACAAGCACUAUGGUUGCCUUGGUGAGUCGAAAAUACCAGAUGCUUUCUCACACGCUUUUAUAAAGUGUGCUUGUGUGUCGUUUAAGUAUGCACCAACAUCCUACAGCGACUGAGC